AUGGCGGAGCCGAUCGUAAAACUAUUGGUUGCAAAAAGCGUUGAGCAGGCUGUGGAAGAAGCCAGACAAGAGCAUCAGCUACUUGUGCUUCACAUGCGAAAGCGAGAGCUGAUUCGGCACCAAGAGGAAGAGCUGCGUGAGCUGGAACGAGAAGAAGCACGUAGGCAUUUCUUGGCUCAGCAGGCCAUGCGAGGCCAGCUGAUCUUGAAAGAACAUGAAAGACGGCUAUGGCGAAGGCUGUGGGUAGCGCACAUCGGAACGGCUGCUCUGGGUAGUGGCCUCCUCAAAAAAACUUUAGACCAUCUGGACCAGGAACAGUUUUUCCUAUCCACGAGGGACAUUGCUGUUGGCGAAUUUUUGUCGGAAGUCGCUGCGGCAGCUUCGCAUGAAAUAAGGAAACGAAACGAAAUUAGUGAGGAGCUAGUAAAGCGAUGGUCGAACACUGAGGCCUUGCAAACGGCAUAUAGGCGGCAGCAAGAACUGUUGCUCUGGCGUCAGCACUUGAGCAUGAGGGAAAAGAUUAAAAGAAGAAGAGAUCUGCAGCGUGGCGUCGUGCACAUAUUUGUCACUUCCGCAGAGCUUGAACGUGCUGCCAAGUUGGGAUCGUCGGGCACGAAGUCCACAAAGAUUCUGAAAGGAGAAUCCUUUGAAUCACCAAACAGUGAGGCUAAAAGAAAACUUGUUCCAACCUAUACACGCCGAAUGUCUCGUCACCUCUUGGUGACUGAUAGCUCAGACGGAAACGGUUUUGAAACGUUCGACCUAGCCUUGACUUCCUCUCAAGAAGCCGUGCAGUUUGAAGAUGUCGCUGAAUUACAACAAAAAGCGCAAGCCACUGUGAAGGCUGCAGCUGACCUUGUGCAACUUGGCCUGCCUAGUGACUAUCUCCGACGAGAAAGACUUAGCCGUGGGCAGACCCUUAAAUCGGAGGCAAAAAGGCUGACAGAAGCAUUCGAAGAGCAACACAGACAUUUAUGGAGUCCACGGAAAAACGAACUAACCUCUGCAGCAGACAAGGAAUGCACAAAUGUAGAAAAAACUCAGGGAGACAACGAACUCGGCAGCUCGCCAGCCUGUUCCGCCUUGAUAUGUAUCGGCCCCUUCAAGGUGAUACGAAAUCAGAUUGUGCCUGGGCUUUCAAAGAGCUUUAUUAAUAUGGAAGAGCUACAGAAAGAAGUGCAAAGAAGAAUGUGCAACUGCUUCAGCAACAUGGCAGGGAUAAUUCGAAGUUCACAAGUCGCCCUCGAAGCAAAGGGACAAAAAAUAAUGAGAGUCCAAACUUUGCUAAAGUACGAAUUCGGGGAUCUGCGCAUUCGGCUGGAAAGAAAAAUAACAUUUGCCGACCCGAGUGAUGAGACCGAAAGUGAGCUUUCGAGUGAAGAGUCUAGAGAAGGCGAAGGCGACUAG